GCUGUUCCGGGCUCCCGGGGGAAUUCCCGGCGCCGGGGCUGUUCCCGGCUGGAUAAGCCGUUCCGUGCUGGCGUCAUUCCCGGCUCCAGGGCCAUUCCCGGCUGCCACUCCCGCUGUCUCCCAUCCCAUCCUUGCCAUCCCAUCCCGAACUACAACUCCCAGCUCUCCCGAGCUCUCUCGGUUCGCAGCCGGAUCCGGCCCCGCUCGGCCCUUCCGCGCCCCAAAUUCCGGGGGGAGGAGGAGGAGGAGGAGGAGGAGCAGGAGGGGCGGGGGGGAGGCCGAGGCCGCUCCGGGGCUGCAGAGCUCCUCGGGCCCGGCUCCCGAUCCCGCUCCCGAUCCUAUCCUGUUCCCAUUCCCACUCACAUUCCCGCUCUCCCAGGACCCUGCUGCGGCCAUUUGAGCGAGUCGGUGGCGGAAGGAGACCAGGAAAAGGACGGGAAGAGGCCGGGAAAGAGCCCGGGAAGAGCCUGAGGAAGAGCCCGGGAAGAGGCUGAGAAGGAGGCCGGAAAGGGGCCGGGAAGGGGCCCCGGGGGAGCGAUGUCUGCGGGGGGAGCGCCCCAGCCCGCCCACGCUCUGGAUCUGCUCCCGUACUCCCGGCUGAGCCCGGCGCCACGGGCCGGAUCCCAGCUGGAUGCCGUCAGCGCCGAGAUCUCCUCGGAUCCCUGCACAGGGUACCGGUUCUUCAAGCCGGUGGGUUUGUUCGGGAUGAAGCCGCCGGAGGAGCCGUUCGGAGCCGCGCGGACGGGCCCGGAGGACUCCAAGGCCCUGGGCAGCCCCUGCGCCGUGGAGCCCGGGCGGGUGAGCAAGGUGGAGCCUGAGGAGAAGCCCGGGAUCGGCGCCGGCUCCCUGGAGCUGUUCCCGGCCGCCGGCAGCAGCUCCGGCCGCUGGUUCCCCGGUGGGCAGCGCGGGCCCGAGCCCCCCCGUGACCCCCCGGCCCCCCGUGCCGGCUGCUGGGGGGCCCAGGGGGGCGUCCCCGGCCCUUUCCGCUGCGGCCAGUGCGGGAAGGGCUUCCGGCAGAAGCAGAGCCUGGUGACACACGAGCGGAUCCACACCGGGGAGAAGCCGUUCCGGUGCGGGGACUGCGGGAAGAGCUUCAGCCAGCGGCCCAACCUGCUCACGCACCGGCGGGUGCACACAGGCGAGCGGCCCUUCCCCUGCGCCCAGUGCGGCAAGAGCUUCUCGCAGAAGGCCAACCUGCUGGCCCACCAGCGCAUCCACGGCGCCCACCCCGACGAGGGCAAGGCGCGGGCGCGGCCGGCGCGGGGCUGCGCCGAGGACACGCCCUUCGUGUGCCCCGAGUGCGGGAAGAGCUUCCGGCAGAAGCCCAACCUGAUCACGCACCGGCGCAUCCACACGGGCGAGCGGCCCUUCUCCUGCUUCCUGUGCGGCCGCAGCUUCAACCAGAAAACCAACCUGGUGACGCACUACCGGGUGCACACAGGUGAGCGGCCCUUCGCCUGCGCCCAGUGCGGCAAGCGCUUCACCCAGAAAACCAACCUGGUCACGCACCAGAGCACCCACACCGACCUGCGCCCCUUCCCCUGCGCCCAGUGCCACAAGUGCUUCAAGGACAAGGUGUCCCUCAAGGCCCACCAGAAGACGCACGUCCCCCGCCAGCGCCGCUGCCUCGCGCGCGGCCCGGCCCCUGCCGCGCCCUUCGGGGCUGCGCCCGCCCUGCUGCCCCCCACGCCCACCCCGCAGGACCCCCCCUUCGCCCCCCUCCCGCCCGCCCCAAAGCCCCCCGAGGGCACCGAGCUGUUCCCCUGUGAAGAGAAGGGCUUUCCCCCCCCGCCCCCAGGCGAGCCUCCCUUCCCCUGCACCCACUGUGCCGACGCCUUCUGCCCCAAGGUGCCCCUGCUGCGGCCCCCCGAGGUGCCCCCAAACUUCUCCCCCGGCCCUCCCCUCCUGGGGCCUCAGGGGGCACAGCCGGGGCUGGGGGACGCCACAGCCCCCCCAGAGAAGCCCUUCAUCUGCAACCAGUGCGGGAACAGCUUUGGGCUCUGGCUCGCCCUCGUUGCCCACCAGAAGAGCCACGCGGGGCACAAGCCGUGCCCCGGGGCCCCCCCCGAGCCCAGCCCCGGUGCGGAGCUGCCCCCUGGGUCCCCCCCGGCACGGGCAGGCGAGGCUCGGCCCUGGCCGUGCCCCGAGUGCGGGCGCAGCCUGGCGCAGUGUGAGCGGCUGCUGCGGCACGGGCACGGCGCCGGCGGGCGCGGCCCCUUCCGCUGCGACACCUGCGGGAAGCGCUUUAGCCUCAAAACCAACCUGGCCACACACCAGCGCAUCCACACAGGUGAGCGGCCCUUCACCUGCGGCGUCUGCGGCCGCCGCUUCAACCAGAAGGGCAACCUGGUGACGCACUACCGAGUGCACACGGGCGAGCGGCCCUUCGCCUGCACCCAGUGCGGGAAGCGCUUCGCGCAGAAGCCCAACCUGCUGGCCCACCAGAAGACCCACCUGGGCCGCCAGCCCUUCACCUGCCUCGAGUGCCCCAAGCGCUUCAAGAGCAAACUGUCCCUGCGGGUGCACCAGCGGGUGCACGCGGGGCCCCCCGGCACCGCCCCCGGCAGCGCCGACCCCGCCGGGGCCCCCUUCCCCUGCGGGCCCUGCGGGGAGGCCUGCGGCGAGCACGGGGGGCUGCCGGUGAACCCGCGCGGGCGGCCGCACUCCUGCCCCGAGCAGCGUCGCCCCUGCGCCGAGCACCACCACCCCUGCACGGAGCAGCACCGCGCCUGUGCCGAGCAGCUGCACACCUGCGCCAAGUGCCCCUGCGCCAAGCGGCUGCACCCCUGCCUCGAGCAGCCCCGCCCCUGCGGCGAGCAGCCCCACGCCUGCGAGCGGCCCCACGCCUGCGAGCGGCCCCACACCUGCGCCGAGCAGCCCCACACCUGCGAGCGGCCCCACACCUGCGCCGAGCAGCUGCACCCCUGCGCCGAGUGUCCCCACGGCUGCGCCGAGCGGCCCCACGCCUGCACCAAGCAGCCUCACGGCUGCGCCGAGCACCCUCACGCCUGCGUGGAGCAGCCCCACGCGUGCGGCGAGUGCCCCCACACCUGUGCCGAGCGGCCCCACCCCUGCGAGCAGCCGCUGCCCUGUGCCGAGCAGCCCCAGCCG